AUGUCUUCGCUUUCUCUUCCGAUAUCUUCCCUUCUGGCCCUCUUCUUUCUCGUUUUCUUAACCAGAGUUCCGACGAUUUUAUUCGCUGACGAUCCGCGGGCCUGCAGGGAAACGCUAACAUGCGGAAGCGUAUCAAGUAUCGGUUACCCUUUCUGGGGAAUGAACCGUCCGAGUUAUUGUGGCCAACCAGGAUUUGAACUGAGGUGCGAGAAUAAUGUAACGGAAAUCCUGAUGAAUGAAAACACCUUACGAGUUCUUGACAUAGACCCUGAACGACAGAUUCUUAAGGUAGCUAGGGAGGAUUACUGGAAUGGUUAUUGUUCCACGGAAUUUAUCAACACCUCAAUCGACUUCAACCACUUCAAUUACGGCUCAAACUUUAGGAACCUCACCCUAUUCUACGGAUGCUACCCGCUGGCAACCUCGACAUCUCUUCCUAACUGCACCAUAAAUAGUACACUUACUGAUGUGUCAUAUGCUGUUAGAAACAUGUUGGGUGAUCCUCGCUAUAGCAUAUGCCGUGAAAUUGUGGUAGUUCCGGUUUAUGAAGCUGCAGCAAAGGAGCUGGAGGUGAACCCUAUGAGUAUGCAGGCUGCUUUAAGUGGAGGUUUCGAAUUGCAAUGGGAAGCGGUUAAUGAUCAGUGCAGAAGAUGCAGAGAUUCAGAUGGGAUUUGUGUAUAUAAACAAACUUCAUAUAGUUUCACUUGCUUUUGCAGCGAUAAACUUAGUUUAACCACAUGUUUUCCAACAACUGAAGAACUUACUGUUUCAUUGAAUAUCUCGAACCGUAACUCUUAG